AUGGGAUUAUCAUACAGUCUGUUGUUUCUUUUAUUCCUCGUUCCUUUCGCAUAUCUGUGUUUUCCCAAGCUUUGGCUGAGGAAAAAGUUGGCCAUUGCGAACAGCAAUUCUUCUUGUCAAAACCAAAGGCUUCCACCAGGGAGAACAGGUUGGCCUUUACUAGGUGAAAGUCUGGAAUACUUCACCAAAAUUCGACAAGGUGUUCCUUACCAGUUUGUCAAAGAUCGGAUGAACAAGUAUUCGUCCAAGGUUUUCAGGACAUCAUUGAUUGGACAGCCCAUGGUUAUACUAUGUAGUGCUGAGGGAAACAAAUUUCUGUUUUCCAAUGAAAGGAAAUUGGUCCAGGUUUGGUGGCCGAGCACAAUGGACAAGAUUUUUCCCAAGUCUGAUCAUAGACCUAGCAGUGAACAUUCAAAUAGGUUAAGGAAACUGCUUCCAUUCAUUCUCAAGACAGAUGUGCUUCGAGAAUAUGUUGGAAUUAUGGAUGCUGUAAUGAAGAAACAUUUGCAGACAGAAUGGAACUGUGAAGAAGUGAAUGUGGGUGACAAGGCAAAGAAGUACUUGUUAACAUUGGCAUGUAAUAUAUUCUUAGGCCUUGAUGAUCCAGAGAAAAUUGACGAACUUGCGAAGGGUACAGAAGAUGUAGGAACAGGUAUUCAUUCCAUGCCAUUUAAUUUGCCAGGAACAGCUUUGAAUCGUGCCAUUAAAGCAUCAAAGCUUAUGCGUAAAGAGGUGGAAGCACUUAUCAGACAAAGAAGAAGUGAUGUUUCAGAGUAUGGUCCAUCUUCCGGAAAGGAUUUUGUCUCACACAUGGUUUUGGCAAGAGAUGAUAAUGGUCAACUCCUCAGUGAUGGAGAUAUUGCUAGCCAUUUAGUAGGUUUGGUGCAAGCCGGCUAUACAACUAUUCAUAGCACAAUCACAAUUAUCAUGAAGUAUCUUUCUGAGCUUCCUGACAUAUAUACUUCUGUCUUAAAAGAACAAAAGGAGAUCGCCAUUAUUAAGGAACAAAAUGGUAGACUCAGUUGGGAGGAUUUAAGGAAAAUGAAGCAUACUUGGGAUGUAGCACUCGAAGUGUUGAGAAUAUAUACACCAGGAACUGGAAGUUUUCGAGAGGCUAUCACUGAUUUUGUAUUUGAUGGAUAUACCAUCCCGAGAGGCUCAAAGAUCCACUGGAUUUUUGAUGUAACACACAAAAACCCCGAGUACUUCCGUGAUCCUGAAAAGUUCGAUCCAUCACGGUUUCAAGGUGAUGGCAUGGCUCCAUUUACAUUUGUACCAUUUGGAGGCGGAGCUCGUAUGUGUCCUGGAAAUGAGUAUGCACGGGUAUCAAUACUCAUUUUUCUGCAUAAUGUUGUGACUCACUUCAGAUGGAAAAAGCUAAUUCCUGAUGAGGAAGUUUUGCAUUAUCCAGUUCCAAGGCCAGCUCAGGGACUUCCCAUUCGCCUCUAUCCUCACCAACCUUAGGCUGUUCUACUUCGUUUUCUUAUAAAGUUUGCAUGGAUUGCCGUCUUUAACUUCAUUUUG